GAGAAGAAGAAUCGUCGGAGGUCUUACAAAAAGCAAGAGAGAGAAGCGAAGGUUCCCCGGAGAAAUCCUACUCCAAGCGGUUCUCGUUCCAGCACCGGUGCGGAUGGUCCCUGGCGCACCGGAUCGUGGUGGCGGAAGGUGAGGUGGGGUUGGAGGCGGUAGGUAUGGCCCCGGUGGCCGGAACCCGUCUGGCAACCAGUGGGGCAUCGGGGUGCUGGUGGCUGACGCGGCGGCGGGGAGGGUGACUCCCUUGGUGGGAGGGGUGGUGAAUCGGAAGCUGCGGCGCCUGGUGGGAGAGGCAGGGGCAGGCAGGGGCAGGGGAACUGGGGAGGGUGGUGAGGGUUCUUCAUCGAGUUGGGAUCGAGCUGCAGACAAUGGCGGGGACGAGCUUGAGCCCACGGCGGAGAGGUCUCCUCGGGGGCAUCGGGAAGGGAUGAGCCCAGACUGGAAGCAUGGUAAAGAAGAGGAACCAGAUGUCCCGCUCCCGCAGAAUCCGCAGCAGCAAGAUCAGAUCCCCAAGGGAGAAGAGAAGCAACCUCGCCAGCCAGCUGAUCAAGUAGACUUGACAGGCAAGCAAAACCCUACUUCCGGCUGCGGAUGCAAGCACUGUGGCCUGAAGAACCAUACAUUUGAGAAUUGCAAUCGUAGAAUGAUGCACUGUGAGCUGUGUGGUUUGAACAACCAUAUAUCGUUUCAAUGUAAAAGAGAGCCUCUGUGGAACUGUGCCCCUGAACUGUGUGCUGCACAAGUCGAAAACCAAAGCUUCUUCUACAUUGAAGAGAAUGUUGACAGUAGAGCUGCUAAGGAAAAAGCCAGUACCGCUAUUAUCUCUGUUGUAAGCGGGUCUGUUACAGCCAAACAAAUUGAGAAUGAGUUUAGAAAUGUGAUUAGUAAUAAGGGAUGGAUAUGGAAGGCUAACCAAAAUCUCUGAAAACAAGUUUUCCAUGAGGUUUCCCAAUGCCAAAAUGGUGCAAGAUUGGGGACACUUUAGAGCCCUGAGCAUGAAGACAAUUGAAGCUGAGAUUACGAUUAGUCCUUGGUCUCCUAUUGGGGCAAAAGGGGAGCUGCAGCAUGCUUGGUUUAAAGUUUCAGGCAUCCCACCAGAUCAAAGAUCUUUGAGGACAAUUGCCAAAGUUGGAGGAUUAGUGGGAAAAACUCUGGAAAUUGAUGAGAAGACAAGGUAUAGGAAUGAUUAUGUGAGGAUGAGAAUUGCCUGUAGGGAUGUGACUCAGGUUCCAGCAGUGGCUGAAAGUUCACUGGGCUUGUUUAUCUAUGAUUUCUUCUUUGAGAGAGAGAUGGUUGCACCUCCUCAACAACCUGUCCCUCCUGUGGGAGCUUCUAAGAAGGACAAUUGUGAAACAUGGCGUUUAAGGGGAAACCAAGCAUACACAAAAGGAAGGUUAACUGAGGCUGAGGAAUGCUAUACCCAUGGGAUUGAUUCUUUUUCUCCAAAUGAAGAUUCUAGAAAGCACUAAUGCUGUGCUACAGAAAUCGUGCAGCUACUCGGAUGUCUCUGGGUAAGAUGAGAGAGGCCCUAUCUGAUUGUCGAAAGGCUACUGAUAUUGAUUCCAGCUUUCUCAAGGCACAAGUCAGAGCUGCCA